AUGCAUACUACUCUGGUAAUCUUGACUGUCUGCUGCUUGCUUUACGCUAUUGGAACUGAUGCUGGACUUAUUGCUGGGCAUCCAGAUGAAUUAGUUUCGAGUCCUGCGCGCUAUGAGUUUCAUUAUUCGGUGCAUGACAGCCAUACGGGCGAUGUGAAGGAUCAGUUUGAGCAUCGCCGUGGCGACUAUGUCACAGGUCGUUAUUCCCUAAUUGAGCCGAAUGGCCAGCGUCGCAUUGUGGAGUACAGCGCUGAUCCUUUGCUGGGCUUUAAUGCGCAAGUUAGCCACGAGCCGCUGCAUUAA